AUGAUCUUGAAGAUCAGAAAAGAUCUCUGGAAUGCACUGUGGAUGAACGCAAUGGCUCUAGGUAAUGUGGAUAAAAUUUACUCCAGUAGCGGACGAUGUCGACCAGAGCCUUCGGUGCGUUGGCUGGUGAAUGGAGUCCUUGUCGAUGAGGAGUAUGAGCACAAUACUGGUGACGUCAUAGAGAACCGACUACUAUGGCCCGCGAUACGACGCGCCGACUACGCAGCAGUCUUCACUUGCCAAGCUGCUAACUCGCAUCUAGUGCCGCCCAAGGAGGUGUCGCUGGUACUGGACAUGUUCUUGCGACCAUUAACCGUAGAAAUAAAGAAGCCUGCGGAAACGGGAGAAGGAGGAGUUCUAACAGCGGAACGGCGCUACGAAGUGGCCUGCGAGUCAGCGGGCAGCCGUCCCCCGGCCAUCGUCACUUGGUUCAAGGGCAAGAGACAGCUGAAGAGGAUAACGGAGGAGCUCCGGGACAACCUGACUAUGAGCGUGAUGAGCUUCGUUCCGACCCUGGACGAUGACGGAAAACCCAUCACAUGUCGAGCCGAAAAUCCUAACGUAACCACCCUAUCUAUGGAAACCUCAUGGACUAUCAACGUAGUCUACCCUCCGGUCGUCCGACUUCGCCUGGGCAGCUCGUUGGCAGCAGGAGAUAUCAAGGAGGGAGAUGACGUCUACUUUGAGUGUCAUGUGAGGGCCAACCCUCCUGCUAGGAAACUCUCCUGGCUACAUGAUGAUCGUCCACUGGCUCACAACGCGAGUGCACGCGUGUUCCACAGCAACCAGAGCCUUGUGCUGCAGAAAGUGACGCGACACAGCAGCGGACGGUAUGCCUGCUCUGCACUCAAUGCAGAAGGAGAGACUGUAUCUAAUGAACUACACUUUAGAGUUAAAUACGCGCCCUCCUGUCGAAGCGGCGGUGUGUCGGUGGUGGGUGCGGCCCGCGGUGAGUCCGUGGUAAUAGUGUGCGAAGUGGACGCUGACCCCCCCGCCGCCGUCUUCAAGUGGAAGUUCAACAACUCCGGGGAGACCCUCGACGUCGCCGCCGACAGAUACACCUCUAAUGGCAGCGCCUCUAGCCUUAAGUACACUCCAGUAGCCGACCUGGACUACGGGACCCUGUCGUGCUCGGCGUCCAACGAGGUGGGCGCGCAGCUCGCCCCCUGCGUGUUCCAGAUGGUGGUCGCAGGCAAACCGCACGCCCCGCGCAACUGCACGCUGUGGAAUCAGACGGCGGAGUCGGUGGAGGUGUCGUGCGUGGCGGGCUUCGACGGCGGCCUGCCGCAGACCUUCCUGCUAGAGGUCUACCAUGCCGACGGAUCCUCCCCGAGAGUAAACUUAACAUCAGAAGAGCCGUCGUGGACGAUACGAGGAUUGGAGUGGGACGUGCGCUUUCGACUCAUAGCCGUGGCGGUGAACAGCAAGGGUCGAUCACCACCCGCCUCCCUAGAUGACGUGCUGUUCAGAGACCCGGAGAAGAGAACAGCAACGGAAGCGUCACUAGGCAUGAGCAGCAUGCUGGGCGCAGCGGGAGCGGGAGCGGGUGCGAUAUUCGCGCUGUUGGCGGGGGCGUGUGCCGUGUCGCUGCGACGGAGGCGGCGGCCGCGUCUAGCCAAGCCGCUGCCCGCGCCGCUCGUCACCCAGCACCUCGCUCUUAAACAACCAGAAUUGGACGACGCUGAACCAGAUCUGAUACCCAAUAAUUAUUGUGAAGCGACGAGCGCGCCUAGUCUCUCCGUGUCGUCUCCCGCGCGGACAGGCCCCGCACCCCUCACCACCCCGGCGUGCAACGGUCCUGGCGCGUCGUGGACGUGGGGCGCGCGGUGCCGGGAGCCGGCGGACGCGGCGCUGGGGCGGAGCGCCUCCGCCACGCUGCGAGCCGCCGCGGACCUCAACGUUGACGCCAUCAAAGAGAAACUCUUAGACAAUCGAAUCCCGGAAUCCUGCGUCUAGAACAAUUGUACUAAUAUAAGAAAAUACGCGUUUAUUUUUUAAGAAUUGUGGUUGUCGCGUCCGGAACUGUACUGAGUGAAGCGUCCUCGAUCGAGGAAUACAGAAGGGAUUGUGAGCACGUGUGUGCCGAGUCCCCGUGCACUCCGCAACAGUCCUCGACCCUCUCGAGUGGCCAUUAUGCGAAGCCGGCCCCGGUCGCUAACUAGACUCCACGACGUGUCGAUGUCGCGUGUGAAGACGAUGGCCGGUACCCUGCUUCCAGCUCCACUGGAGGCGUCUCGGUCACAUUUUGUUCGGUUUCAAAAAUAACUGUAUUAAAUGAUCACCUUUUACACAGACAUUUACUGGCUUUUAUAUAGAAACGCAUUUUUGGAAAAAUCGACAAAGGGAAGAGAUCUUCCACCAAGCGGGUGCCGUUGCUCGGCAGACCGAUGGUCCAAGUCUUCUAGUUCGGGACUUUUAUCCCUGGAAAGUUGGCUUAAAAGUGUCGUUAACGCGAUUCAGGCAUAUUUGUUAACCGCUACAGAUAUGUAUCGCGGAAUCCGUUUUUUUUUUCAUAUGAAAUUUUAAUGUGUGCUUGUUACUUUAUUAAUAAGCACAAUGAUUAUCUUAACACAAGUACAUAAAUUGGACGCAGUAUAAUCAACACGUAGACUAAUUAUUUGCCAACAAGCUUUUUUUUUACUAUAUAAAAUAUAGUUACAUAUUAUCAUAUCAACAAGCCCAUUUCUAAGCGACUCAUACACCAUACCAGUCUUGAAUAAAUUAAAAAAAAGCGUUAACGUAAAAAUUGGAAACCGGGGUUGAUAACAUAACAUUAAAUCUAAAAUUUUAUACUGGUUUCCAAGUCCGCUCACGAAAAACAUUCGCAAGCAAACAUAAUCCGGUGAUCUCCGAACACAGACUCCACUCGCUGGAAGUUUUUCUCUUUGAAGAAGGAACAAAUAGUUUUGAAGCUUGAGUACCCCGGCCAAUCGAUCAGCGUCCAAAACGGUAACACAUACAUGCACAUUGAACUUGUGAACUUCACAAUGGCCACUCUUCUGCUCACAUUAUGUUAUAAGGAACAAAGAACAUCGAUUCCCGACUUGAGCUCGACGAGGAGGGAGCGCGCGCUGUGCGGUAUUUGUUCGCUGAUUAUAUUGUACUUUCAAUUUCCAAAUGGCCCACUCUAGAAGGGCCGGCUGAAACUCCGCUGUGAUCCGUUCGAACCCUUCACAUCGAGAGCUGCGUGGGUGAGAGUGCAGUGCUCCAUCGCUGCGUCCAUUCGCCACACUAACUGUUGUUGAAGCGAUGUUUUCAAGGCAAAUUUCAGUAUCUGUUUCAGUUUUAGUUUAAUUGUAAAUAUUAUCUGCCUAGUCUGUAAGCGACUGAAUCUUUGCCACUUUUUUACUUGUCUAAUAAAUUAGCUAAUUAUUUACGUUAUAUACUAGAUAAAAUGAAUCCAUCGUUACUAUUAAAAUCUUUAUGUAAAUAAUGUUUGUACUCGAAAUGUAACAAUGUGCCCAAUGUGGUGGUAAUAUAAACGUGUUGUAGUUGAAAAAUUUAAAGUAUUUCAUCUUGUAAAUAUAUUAUUUUACUGUUUAACGGAUAAGAAAAAUAUCUUAGAUUAAUAAAUACAUUUUAAUUGAAUUAAUAUCAAAAGGAUCUUAUUAAUAUAUAACAGUGUUGUACAUGGACUAGGUUGUAAUAUUGGCUUAGGGGAUGUUUUCGGGGAACGAGACAUAGAUGGCGCUGAUCAAGAAAAUACAAGAACUCCCGACAUUCUGUUAGUGUUAAAAUGUACAUACAAGCCCAACAAAAAUUAUAAAUUAAUGAUUCAAGACUAAUAGAAAACUUGUGAAUUGGACUAUGGUUAAUUCGUUCUGAUCUUCCAUUAGCAAACUUUAAAUAUUCUUGUACAUUUGAUUUGUCCGAGCUCUGUGUGAACUGCAUGGACGUUCUUGUGUAACGGUCAUAUAAACAAAACCAUAUCCACAGACACAUAUCAUUGCAGAUAGUAUUUACCUUGUUACCGUGUUCAGAUUACAUUGAUUUCAAAGCAAAUCAUAUUUUGACCGGAAGUAACACGAACGGGAAAACGUAAACAGGUUAAAUUAUCUUUUCAUCAGGAUCACAAUUUGUAGCUUAAUGUAAUUUAGAGUGAAAUGGAUAUGAUUUGAAGCUAAUAACUGGAUCAAGUUUUUGUAACGUACAAAAUUGAAUGAUUGAUCUCGAUUUAUUUACGAACAGACUGAGAUUCCUUUACUUAGAUAGCUCGUAGGUAAUAAUAUGUGUAUAAAUAUAAUUUGUAAGCGGAAAGUGAUUUGUUAUGAUAAAGUUAACAACUCAAAGAGUUCGCCCUACUGUUGACAUAUUUAUUUAAUGAGAAUAAAGG